AUGUUCGUAGGCGGGUACUCCAUAUCAGGAAUAUAUUGUUACUUGCCUGCACAAUACCCUACUAACACAGGAGCCGAGGAAGCUCAACAGCAAGAUUCACCAAGCUUCCCUGAAAUCUGCAAAAGCUUGCAGCAUGCCCACACCUGGAACACUGACGUCACAGAUAAUCCCCCAACCCUCCCGAAGGAUUUAAGCAUCGUCGACCGUCUAAUCGUACUGGCCCAGGUUUAUUACUCGCAAUAUGUGAAUCCUUUCAUUGGAUCCGAAGGCCUAAUACCUGGACAAGCAUUCCGUGACGGUGACAUCUUCGUUGGUGGAGCUGUUCCAGUCGGCGUUGUCAAGUCAGGAACUGGAGGAUUUCCUAAAUACGGGAUUAUUCCCCAGAUACCUCUUACGACUGCAGAGGCACCUGUGAAUAUCCUGGAUAACCGAACGUGUUGGCAAGCUGUCACGGUUGAACUGUCCGGUGCCAGACAUGCAGUGAUCACGCAAUAUUCCUUUCCGAGCGGCGAGAAACAUGUACUUGUUGAUGUCUCUCACUAUCUCCUCGAUGAAAAUGGAGACUAUAGCGUUCAAAAUUAUCAAAGAGGAGAAAUCAACAUUUCGGAGAAUGGGAGCACAUAUACUGGCUACAGUACCUACGGCGGCGGAUGGAACGAAAGCGCGCCAUUCACGGUCUUUUUCUGUGGCGAAUUUGAGAAUGGACCCGACCAAGCUCAGGGUUUCCAUGGGCGUAAUACGGAUCCAAUUAGAAGAUACCACACUGAUGGCAGUGAGUCAAUUCCCCUAGCUAUUUUGGGUGGCAAAAAUCGAACCGCAGUGUCUCUCAACGACCGCGUCGGUGCCUUGUUCAGCUGGAACAGCAGUGGCGCAUCCAUGGUUAGGACAAGAGUUGGAAUCUCGUUUAUAUCAGCAGAAAGGGCAUGUUCGUACAAGAACCCGGAUAUUCGAUCCUGGAAUCUGAAUGAUAAUGUGAGCACUAAGAUUGAAGUGAAUACCGACGAGUCUAAUCCGCUCUGGGAAUCUAACAAACCGUGCUGGGGUGAAUUUUACACUUUUUGGGAUCCAUUUCGCAAUACAUAUUCUCUUCACCUGUUGAUACAGCCUGAAGUGCACGAAAACAAAAUCCGCGCGCUGAUAGAUAUUUGGCGAUAUGAGGGUUAUAUUCCUGAAGGACGAUUUGGGAAUUGUUGCGGUGUUGUCCAAGGUGGCAGCAACGCCGACAAUGUACUCGCCGACGCCUAUGUUAAGGGACUACGAGGAGCCACUAACUGGACUAAUAAAUAUGCUGCCAUGGAAGGCCGGGGCUCUCUCUACGACUGGCUCGAGGUCGGAUAUAUCUCCUUAAACUGGAGUGGCUGGCGCAUCUCCUCUGCGCAUCUCAUCUGGGAUUACAAAGUACAAAGCGUGAACACAACGCCCAUUUUUUUUUUCGGAUUCUUGACAUCGAAAUUUACGAAUAGCUCAUUCAGUUCGACGGGAUACAAUCUAGCGCUAUGCGCAGAAUGCGAAUGGUCGGCUAUCUCCUAUGAAGCAGCUCCACUUGAGUAUUCCUUUGUAAUACGGCAUAAUGCUAAAACCUUAAUCGAGUUUAUGGGGGGGCCUUCCUGUUUUGGGUCUCACCUUGACUACAUUUUCAUGCCAAACACCAGCCAGCAAAAUCUUGGAGCGAACGGUGCAGGUAUCAAUACCUUGAUGAAUAUUGGCCUAACUUCGCCACCCCCGUAUCUUUACAACUACAUCAACAAGCAGUGGAAAAGUGUGCAGCGAUCUCGUGCUCUUGCGAAUCAAUACUUUCAUAAUGCGAAUUACGGCGUCACCGGCAACUCAGACGCCGGCGCCUUAAACAUCACGCAGCCAGUCUACCUCCUCGAAUCGCCAUGGUUCUCUGACAUCAACAUGACCAUUAACUCGAUCAAGGCCCUACGUAUCACGGCUUCUGGGCUAAGCCAAGAUAGCUAUUAUGUGCAAUCUGUCAAAUUCGAGCAUGAGCAUAUGAUGGUAAACGGGGGAGCGAUCGAAUUUGCCUUGAGAAAUAAUGCGAGUGUGUGGGAAACGGGUGAUGUGCCACCGAGCCCGGGGCACGUAGUCUUAGGAGGGGAGGGAAUUGGUACUGUGGGGAAAUGA